AUGAAAGUAUCCAUCUUAUCAUUGUCUGCCACGGCAACCCUCGCCCUUGCAGUCAGUGCUUGCACUGGCCAUUGCGAAGGCUCGGGGCCUAUCCCAACGUAUGAUAGCUUCCCCACGGCAUGCAACUCCGCAGCACAAGUCACCAUUACCUAUUCACCUCCCGAAGGCUACACAUUUGGUGGUAGUCCUACAGCAAAGAGCACCAAAACUCAAACAUUUGCUGCGUCCGAGUGCAUCGUGACGCCGCUUGGGUGGGAUAAAGAUGACUCCGGACAAAUAAUGGCCGCAGUCGAAAAGUGCGGGACAGACGGUACUAUCACAUUGCCGGCGCCAUACGUUUACACUAUCAGUCAAAGGCUCUAUAUGAAGCUAGUUCGGGCUCGAUUGAAUGUCUUCGGAACUCUGUCCUUCACUCCUGACCUUGGGUACUGGAUUGACAAUUCUCAUCGUAUCGAGUUUCAGAACCAAAGCACCGCUUGGAUUGUCGAGGGCGAAGACUACGUCAUCUCUGGUGGUGGUUGGGAGAGAGGAGGCAUCAAUGGAAAUGGACAGGCUUGGUAUGGCAGAGCAGCUGGGCAUAGCAACCAGUUCGGAAGACCAAUUCCUCUUACUAUCUGGAACAGUCAGAAUGCAACGGUCAAGGACUUCUCUAUCCGCCAGCCACAGUUCUGGUCUUUCUAUAUCCAGGACUCGUACGACGUAAAGCUCACUGGCAUCUACAUCAAUGGCACCAAUACCGAUCCGGCCGGUAAUUCCUCCAACUACGAAACCAACGUCGACGGCUUCGACUCGAUCCGUGUUGACGGCUUGGAAGUCGCAGAUUGGGUCUUCCAUGGUGGCGAUGAUUGCUCCGCACCUAAGGGUAAUUCUACCAAUAUGGUGUUCCGCAACAUGACCUGCAUAGGUGGUGGUAUCGCGUUUGGAAGUGUUGGUCAGUACCCCGAUAUGCCUGACUACAUCACCAACGUGACCGCCUCCAAUAUUACCGUCAAGCAGCUCAUCUCACCUAAAUAUGGAGGAGCAACUGUCAGCGGCGCUGCAUACUUCAAAUCUUGGGUUGGCGUUUCCGAGGGCCAGCCUCCUCAGGGGGGAGGUGGCGGUACCGGGCGAGUGUGGAACGUGACUUUCUCCGAUAUAAAGGUCGAGAAUAUCACUCAGGGGAUCUACGUCAACAAAUGUUACUAUAAAGUAGCGGACCAGGCUAACUACUGUGAUACUUCUACCUUUGAGUUUCAGGACUUAUCCUUUUCGAACUUUACUGGCACUGUUCGAUCUGCUUAUGGUGUCUCUCUGAACUGCUCUGCUGCUGCUCCUUGUCAAGACAUCCAGUUUAGUACUGUGGACUUUACAGCUGCAAAUGGCAGUGCAGCCGGAGUAUACUGCGACAACGCCGAAGGGAUCUCGGGAGUUCAGUGUUCGAACUAA